GCAAGAGUCCUGCGCGCUGACAGUCGAAAUAACGUUGAGAGCGAAGCUGGCAAAAAGUAAAAGUGAAAAUCAGGCCCUUGAAAAUUGUUCAUCAAUUAUGCAUUGAUUAACGCAAGCGAGCGAGAACAGUGAAUGUGGAUUGAAUUGCGAGAGCGCGCGGUUAACGGAAAGUGAAUUCGAAAAAGGGAUUGGCGUAUAUACACAUAUAUUUUUCUUUGCGUUCCGUAAUCCAUAAUUGCGCGAAAGCAGAAGCACUCGAGCGCACCCACCACCCACACCACACACGGUAUAUACACACACAGUUGUGGGUGAGCCGCCCCCACAUUGCCCUUGGCCCCACGGACCCAAGAAGCGUUCGAUUUUUCACAACAGUCGCCAGUGAAAUCGCCAGUGGAACCCCGACGGAUUCGAGACAAAAGACCCAUCUACACCCAUCAUCAUGGACAUGCUCAACCAAAUACUCAGCAUCAAUAAUGGGGGCGCCUACGGGGGCGGGAAGGCGGGUGGCGCCUUCGACCCGCUCACGUUCGCCAUGAAGCCCCAAGUGGUCAUCCGGGCCCUCUGCUGGCUCUUCUCGGUCGUGGUCUUCGGCUGCAUAUCCUCGGAGGGCUGGACGGAGAAGGACGGCAAGGAGUAUUGCCUUUACAAUGGUGACGGCAUGGCCUGCAAGUACGGCAACAUGGUUGGCGUCUUCGGGUUCCUGGCCUCCAUGGGUUUCAUGGCCGGCGAGUUCCUGUUCGAGCGGAUGUCGUCGGUGAAGAGCAGAAAGCGUUACGUCAUGGCCGACAUGGGUUUUUCUGCUGGCUGGACCUUCAUGUACUUUGUGGCCUUCCUCUACUUGUGGUCCCAAUGGAGCUCCUCACCCCCGCCGCCAUUGGGAAUCGGGGCUGGCAGCAUGAAGACCGCCAUUUGGUUCUGCCUCUUCUCGAUUGUCAGCUGGGCCCUCUGCGCUCUGAUGGCCUACAAGCGGUUCCUGAUCGGCGCCGGCGAUGAGUUCACCUCAGCCUUCGAAACGGACCCGGCCAACGUGGUGCACCAGCAGGCCUACGGCUAUUCGAUGGACAACGACAACGACCAGUACAGCGCCUCACCAUUUAGCCAGCCCCAGCAGGGAGGCAUGGAUCAGCAGCAAGCCGCAGCAAUGGAGUACGCGCAGCACACCUACUAAGGAAUUUCCACACAAUUGCUCCUCCGUUGUCCGCACACACUCACUUCGAUUUUGUAGUGCAACUGGCAAAGGUUUUACACGACUAAACAGCAACUCACAAGUUGGCUUUACCAUAUACACCGAUGUCGAACAUAUAACAAGAGUAACCGAAACAAUAACAGUUGAUGCAAGCAAGCAGCAGCAGCAGAAACCAACAGAAACCAAUCCAGAUCCAUGCACUGGCUUAAGCUACCAAAAAGAUAUAUCAGGCGAUAUGUCGGAGUAGUUCGAGUAACUCGUAAGCUAGCCCUUUAAGUUGAGUGUGCAGUUUUUGUAGUGGACAUUUGUUGCAAUAUAUUAUACAGAUAUACACCUAGUUAUAUAUCCCAUAUGUAUACAUGCUACCCGCGCUUUCAACGUUGUUAGUUAUUUAGUGUUUACGUGUACGUACUAUAUGAUUUUGAUUUGUGCCAGACCCUGGUCCCCCGAUCAGCCUGUUAACGAUGGCAUUAGCUUGCGACGGAGGGAAGCAUGAUGUUUUUUAGAUAAAUUUACACACGUGCAGUUCAAACACUUAGUUGAAAAAAAAAAACGAAGCAAUUUGGCCACCGGAAGGACAGACGAACCACUGCUCAAACCACAUAUCCAAUAUCCAUCUGGACACAAAUAGACCCUCGAAGCUUGGUUAGAUGAGCAGCAAUAGCAACCACAGUAAUAAACGCCAAACAAUAUGUAAAUUCUAAACAGUAAGCGAAUUGUUUUUCGGGAAUAAGUUUUCGGGAUGUUACUGGAGGAAUAUUUCUAAUUAUGGUUCGCAAACACGCUGAAAAUGGUAUAGGGCUUGUUC